AUGAGUGGAUCCGAAUCGCUUACCCUGAAGCGCUUCCGAGCGAUCUUAUCACUUUGUAUCUUUGCAACAGCUACAAACAAAAUCCGAGACAACGAUCACACGGAAGAAGGAAGAUCGAAAUUCAGAAAUUCGAGGCCCCGGAGCUGCUCCACUGAAGGUUCGCGUAAGAAGCUACCACCGGAAACGCGAUUGAAAACACCGGAAAAGAGAGGGAUUCUAUCACCCGAAGAGAAAGCUAAGGAUUCGAUUCUCCCGGACAAAUUUCACGGCGACUGA